UGUGAGCUGAGCUCCGGGAAUGCCGUGUGUGUGUUUAUAAAUGAGUGCGUGUGAAGCGGAAAAACACUGAAAGCACUCGCUGGCCGCGGAGUCGCACUGAGCAGCCACACAGGAGCGAACACUGAAGCGCUGAGUGCUGGAGGAGCCUGAUUCAGUGCAGUGAGCCCAGAUUCUGUCUGAAAACAGCUUCAGUAAAACGCCCAGCGUGUGUCAGGAUAAAAACUGGUGUUUAACUCCUGCAACUGCUGCAGCAAUUAUUACCAAAUUAAACCGAGCCAUGCCUUCAGGCCUGUCAGCCUCAGAGUCACUCUGCCCUCACACCGACAGCAAGACAUCCCUGCCGUAUGGAGACGACAAGCUGAAAGAUGAGGACCAAGUGGAGAACGAGGAGGAGGAGACCAUCAUGGAGAGGAACUGGAUCUGUCCAAAUCUGCCCAGCAGGUGCACAUGGCAGCUCAGGGGUCCGAACACAGACUCUCCUCAUGUCCACACACAACGGACAAAGGCUCCCAGCAUUCUACCCAACAUCCUGAAGCACAUUGGAGACACACCACUGGUUUGCGUCAACAAGAUUCCCAAAAUGUUUGGAGUGAAGUGUGAAAUCUUGGCUAAGUGUGAGUUCUUUAACGCUGGAGGCAGUGUGAAGGAUCGCAUUGCCAUUCGUAUGGUGGAGGAUGCAGAAAGAGACGGCAUCCUCAAACCCGGAGACACAAUCAUCGAGCCCACCUCUGGAAACACAGGUAUCGGCCUGGCCCUGGUUGCAGCAGUAAAAGGUUAUCGCUGCAUCAUCGUUAUGCCUGAGAAAAUGAGUAUGGAGAAGGUGGACGUGCUGCGUGCUCUUGGUGCUGAGAUUGUUCGGACCCCGACCUCCGCCCGUUUUGACUCUCCAGAGUCUCACGUGGGCGUGGCCUGGUGCCUGAAGAAUGAGAUCCCCAACUCCCAUAUUCUGGAUCAGUACCGGAAUGCGAGUAACCCGCUGGCUCACUACGACACCACGGCAGAGGAGAUCCUGGAGCAGUGCGAUGGUAAAAUAGACAUGCUGGUGGCGGGAGCUGGAACGGGCGGGACCAUCACCGGCAUCGCACGCAAGCUGAAGGAGAAAUGCCCCAACAUCAAGAUUAUUGGCGUGGACCCCGAGGGCUCGAUCUUAGCAGAGCCAGAGGAGCUCAAUAAGACGGAUAAGACCCAGUACGAGGUGGAGGGAAUCGGAUACGAUUUCAUCCCCACCGUAUUGGACAGAUCUGUGGUUGACGGUUGGUGCAAGACCAAUGACGAGGAGUCCUUCAACAUGUCACGUAUGCUCAUCCGACAGGAAGGACUACUGUGUGGUGGGAGUUCAGGAUCAGCCAUGGCUGCAGCGAUGAAGAUGGCAAAGGAGCUGAAGGAGGAUCAGCGCUGUGUGGUCGUCCUGCCCGACUCGCUGCGCAACUACAUGUCCAAAUUCCUCAGCGACAAGUGGAUGUGUGAGAAAGGCUUUCUGAGAGAGGAGGACCUGAUGAUCAACAAACCAUGGUGGUGGAAUCUGACUCUACAGCAGCUGCGACUCUCUGCCCCUCUCACAGUUCUGCCUUCUGUCAACAUUAAAAACACCAUUAAGAUCCUGAAGGAGAAGGCGUUCGACCAGGCUCCAGUCGUCGACAAGGCUGGUGAGAUCGUAGGGAUGGUCACACUGGGUAACAUGCUGUCCUCUGUACUCGCUGGGAAGGUCAGUCCUUCUGACCCAGUCAUCAAAGUCCUGUAUAAGCAGUUCAAACAGGUUUCUCUCACAGAUAACCUUGGGAAACUCUCCUGGAUCCUGGAGACGGACCACUUUGCCCUGGUGGUGCAUGAUCAUAUCCAGUACCUGACUGAUGGCUCGUCUGCUCUGAAGAAGAUGGUAUUUGGGAUCGUCACAGCCAUCGACCUGCUGAACUUUGUGACCACUCGUGAGAGGAGAGAGCGCACGCUGUCCGAGUGCUCGCUCCCCGAUGACCAGUAGUGUGCGCACACAGGCAAUUUGACACAUGCAUAUGCAAUAGAAAGCAUUAGAGCUUUAUAUAUUUAAAGGGAUUUCUUUUUCUUUCUAAUUAAAGCACACUUUUUUAAGAGCUUAAAGGUGCAAUCUGUCUGUAAUGUUUAAACAAGUUUCUACACCUGGAAUAAUCUUACAGUUUUAAAGACACCACGCAAACCCUGGAGGUGCCGUGUUGCUAUGCAGUGGCGCUCUCUGAUCUCUUCACAUCAGGCUUCUGUUUACAUUAUUCUGGCCUGAAAAUGAGGUCCAACCCCAGCCGGUGUGGUGCAGUUCAGCUCUGACUCUUUUUCCUUUAAGGAAAUGAGAUGUGUUGUUGAUUUGUCAGUGUUUUCACUGCAGUAGAAGGAGGUCGGUGUUACACAUUGCUCCUUUAACAAUUCCACAGUUAUUAGGAAUCCAGUCCAGAAUGAAUUAGUUUCCUGCCAAAUACUGAAUAUAUCAUGACUGCUCACUGACAUCAUCAGUGCAGUUUGAACUCGCUUUAUUCACAGUGCAAUAAAGAUUAUAUUGCUGUUUAUCAUUACUUAUUAUUAUUUUACUUUUUAAGAUAUGUACAUACCUGAAUUAAGACAGAAGCAUGCUUUAUUGUAACCUUUUAAAUGAAUGUAUGAGGCUCGACUGCCACCUUGUGGCUAAAUGGGGUCACUGCAGAAUAGCCAAAGAAUAAAAACGGUAUAAAAAUCUGGUGUAUUACUGGAGGACUCUGAAUGAUUAUUGAUUAUUUGGCAUUGUCUUCAGAAUACUUGAUAGUUUUACUGUCUUCUUCUUCCAUUUGUUUCUUUAUUGUAAAUUAAAACUGUGUAAAUAAGGGCAGGUGUGAGGCAUGAGGUCAUCAGAUUCAUGUCAUGAAUGUUGGAAUCUAAAACCUCAUAAAGCUGCAUGUUAUGACCUCCACCUCUUUUCUUUUGGACUUGUUUCUUUUAUUUGUUUUACUUUUCUUGGAGGAAUUUUUAAAUGCUGCAUUGAAUUUGCUCUUAUUUUAAAUAAAGUUUAU